AUGAAGUACACUCUUCUCGUUUUAUGUUUCGCCUUGAUGGUCGUGCUGCCACUGGCCUCUGCCCGUUGUGCCUCCAACUCGCUCGUCCGCAAGGAAGUUCGCCAGAUGACCCCAACCGAGCUGUCCAAGUACAUCAACGCCGUCAAGCUUCUCCGUAACUUGACCUCGCCAACCACCCCAACCGUCACCAGAUACGACACCUUUGCCGUUAUCCACGUCACCCAGAACAACCGCAUCCACAGCGGCGCCAACUUCCUCCCAUGGCACAGAUACUACCUGAAGCAGCUCGAGUUGCUGCUCCAGUCCGUCACCAACGACCCAACCAUCUACAUCCCCUACUGGGACUGGUCGCUCGACUACUUGAACCCAACCGCCUCAAUCCUCAUGACCGACGCCUACUUUGGAGGCAACGGAGGCUCCGGUGGUUGUGUCACCAACGGCCAGCUCGGCAAGUGGAGACCCAAGUACAACAGCAAUGGACAGUUGGUUGACCACUGUCUUCCACGUAGCUUCGGUUCCGACAUGAACAACUACCCAUCGCCCGCCACCCUCAACUCGCUCAUCGCCGGUUCCACCACCUUCUCCACCCUCGCCCAGAACGUCGAGGUCGGCCCACACAACCUCGUCCACAGAUCGAUCGGAGGAGACAUGACCACCGCCAUCUCCACCAACGAUGCCUUCUUCUUCUCUCACCACGCCAUGGUUGACCGUCUCUGGGCUAACUGGCAGGAUGCCAACCCAGCCCUCGCCAACACCUACAACGGACGUGACAACACCAACCGUCGUGUCACCCUCAACGACGUCCUCGCUGGCUACCCCGGCAUCACCGUCACCCAGGUCAUGAACACCACCACCAUGGGCUACUGCUAUGGCAACGCCCCAUCGACCGCCGCCACUUUUUCUGCUCUCUCAUCCCAGACCAUGGACGCCGCCUCCGAGGAGCCACUCCCACACUGGCCACCAGUCUCUGAGGAGUACAUGAUCGCCAAGGGAAUUGACCCAGUCGUCCAGGCUGAGGUUACUGCCCGCAUCAACUCAAUCAUUGACUCCCUCAACGAGGCCAAUGGAUUCACCGUCUCCAAGUAA